GUUCGUGACGCGUUUCUACGUCAUUAGGAUGCGCCGCCUCAGUGUUGACUUCGGCUAUCGAGCUAACGAGCUAAUGUGCUAGGCAGCCAGGAGUCAUUGCUGGUUAGAAGCCAGAGGUGCUGGGCACAACUGGAUCUUUUUGGUUUCCAUGGAUACCAAACCAUCAGGAGCCAGACCGGCCCGCAGGUCUCCACGCCUCCCAAACUCCAACUCCAACGCGCAGGGGAGAAGUGAGGAGCUGAAGGAGGCGAAGAGAAAAGGAAAGAUGGACCGAAGUAAGGGGGAAGAUGAGCUUGUAGCCCAACUCAAACACCUGGAGGUGUCCAGGUCUCUGGCCAGUGGAACAGGUUUAGUUCACAGCGAAGAAUUUACCCGUCACAACUGUCUGUGGGACCCCAGUCACCCAGAGUGUCCUGACAGAGUGACGGCCAUCAUGGAGGAGUUGGAGCGCCGCGACCUCCGACCUCGCUGCCUCGCCGUGGAGCCUCGUGAAGCCACGGAACAGGAGCUGCGGCUGGUCCAUAAGAAGGACUAUGUGGAUCUGAUGAGGAAGACUCAGACGAUGUCAGAGAAAGAACUUCAGACUAUAUCAGAAAACUACGACUCCGUCUACAUCCACCCUGACUCGUUCCGCGUGGCCUCUCUGGCUGUGGGCUCUCUCCUUGAGCUCGUCGACAAGGUCAUGACCUCUGAACUCAGGAAUGGGUUCUCAGUCUCGAGGCCGCCGGGGCACCAUGCCCAGUUUGACCAGUCUAAUGGCUACUGUCUGUUUAACAACGUUGCCAUAGCAACACGCUACGCCCAGAGACAGCACAGAGUGAAACGGGUGCUGGUGGUGGACUGGGACGUGCAUCAUGGACAGGGGAUCCAGUACGCCUUCGAGGAAGACCCCAGUGUGCUGUACUUCUCGGUCCACAGGUAUGAGAAGGCGGGGUUCUGGCCUCACCUGCAGGCCUCUGAUGGUCCUGUAGCCGGAUCAGGAGCCGGUCUGGGGUACACCAUCAACCUGCCCUGGAACAAGACUGGCAUGACUGAUGCUGAUUACAUCACUGCCUUUCAACACCUACUUCUACCCGUAGCAUAUCAGUUCCAGCCCCAGCUUGUUCUGGUAGCCGCUGGGUUCGAUUGCGUCCGAGGAGACCCGAAGGGGGAGAUGGAGGCCACCCCCCAGUGUUUUUCCGUCCUGACCCGGAUGCUGAUGGGUCUGGCAGAGGGGAGGGUCCUCCUGGCUCUGGAGGGAGGUUAUAACCUCCGGUCUACAGCAGAGGGCGCUGCAGCGUGUGUCAGCUCUCUCCUGGGGGACCCCUGCCCCCCCCUCUCCUCCUCUUCCCCUUCUCUCAGUGCUCUGAUGUCGAUCUCUGAGACCAUCUCAGCUCACUAUCCCUACUGGAGCCGCCUGCAAGUCCUGGAGGGCGGCCCAUUGGCUGAUGAUGUGGUCAUUAGACACAAAGCCAAUGAGGAGCAGGUUGGAGAGACAAGCCCCUCCCCCCUGGGCGUCAUGACGACGGGCCUGGCCUACGACGAGAGAAUGAUGGAGCACCUCAACCUCUGGGACAGCCACCACCCCGAGCAGCCCCAGCGGAUCUCUAAAAUCUUCAACAAACACCUUGACCUGGGAUUGGUCGACCGUUGCCAACGGAUACCAGCUCGCCUCGCAACCGAGGGGGAACUGGCCAUGUGCCACAGUGAGGAGCACAUCGAGGUCAUGAAGGCGACGGCCGCCCUGAAGUCCAGGGACCUCCACCGUCUGGCCUCAGAGUACAACUCUGUGUUCCUGAGCCAGCAGAGCUACAGCGCCGCCCUGCUGGCCGCUGGGGCCGCCUUCAACGCUGCCCAGGGAAUCCUCACUGGACAGCUGUGUAACGCGGUGGCGAUCGUCCGCCCCCCAGGGCACCAUGCUGAGCGGGAGUCCGCCUGUGGUUUCUGUCUGUUCAACACCGCCGCCCUGACCGCCCGCUACGCCCAGUCCCUCCCGGGCCACGCCGCUCUGCGCGUCCUCAUCCUGGACUGGGACAUUCACCAUGGCAACGGCACUCAGCACAUGUUCCAGGAGGACGACAGCGUCCUCUACAUCUCUCUCCAUCGCUAUGACAACGGAACCUUCUUCCCCACCUCCGAGGACGCUGACUGCGACAGGGUGGGCGUCGGCCAGGGGGCGGGCUUUAACGUCAACAUCCCGUGGAACGGCCGACCAAUGGGAGACUCCGACUACCUGGCGGCCUUCCAUCACAUAGUCCUGCCCAUCGCUACUGAGUUUAACCCAGGUCUGGUCGUGGUCUCCGCUGGUUUCGACGCGGCCCGGGGAGACCCUCUUGGAGGGUACCAUGUGACCCCUGAGGGAUACGCCCACCUCACCCACCUGCUCUCCCCAUUGGCUGGAGGGAAACUACUCAUCAUCCUCGAGGGGGGUUAUAACUUGACCUCCAUCUCAGACUCCAUGGCGAUGUGUACCAGUGUAUUGCUCGGCGACCCUCCUCCCCCACUAGCCACACCCCUCCCCGCUCCCCGCAACAGCGCCAUGGCAACCAUCAACAAGGUUCUGCGAUGCCACGCCCCCUACUGGAAGGCUCUCAGAAUAACAAUUCCCCAGACUCUCCGGGAGUCCCUCCUCUCCCCAAAGCAUCAUGGGAAACGUAGUUCUAAAGGGAAAGGCAGGAAGUCUGACACCCCGAGCAGAACGGCUGAGCCCCCAGCAGGCCUGGAGCAGAACUACAAGGACUCAGGCUUAGACCAGCUCACUCAGGGAUUGGCUUCUCUGGAUAUCCACCAAGCUACCUCAGCCAAUCAGAUGCCUGUAUCUCCAGAGGUGGGCGGGGCUAGACGGAAGGUUGUCCCUCAGAAGAGUCUGAGCCAGGAGGAAGUGAAGCCCUCGCCUCAGGUAGUGACAGCUGAGGACAACCAGUUAGCUGCCAGCAAGGUGGAGGACAGCCAAUCAGAAGCCGCAGUUGGCGUGGCAGGGGCUGAGCCUGAGGAGGAGGGGGCUUGUGGUUGGUCCAAACCUCCUGCCAACCUGGAGCUCAUCAGCUGUGGAGACGGGGGAGGGGGCUCUCUCUACGUGGUGGACCCCCUUCCUUGGUGUCCUCACCUGGACUGUGUUAAGCCCCUCCCCCCGUCAGGAAUCGACGUGGGGCGGGCCUGUCUGGACUGUGGCUCUGAGGCCGAGAACUGGACCUGUCUCACCUGCUACCAGGUGUUCUGCGGUCGCUACGUCAACGAGCACAUGGUGUUCCACGGCGCGGCGACAGAGCACCCCGUCGUCCUCAGCUUCUCAGACCUGUCGGUGUGGUGCUACCGCUGUGAGGCCUACCUGCACAACAAGGUUCUGUUUGAAGCUAAAAACUCCGCUCACCGAUGCAAAUUUGGAGAGGAAAUCCUCCCAUGGAGCUGAGGGGAGAGGAGACAAGGAGACAAGGAGAGGAGAAGAGUUCCUAACUUUUAUAUUGUUCAUAUUCACUAUCCUUGCAUUUAUCCUGAUCAGAUAUCAGUGUUCACCUCAAGUUCCUUUGGUACGCAACCUAUUUAAUAAUCUUAAUUAUCUCCUUUGUUCUUAUUUUCUACACUGAGUGGCUUUAUGUUUUAUUUUUGUGUGAAUGAGGUUAUUGUUUACAUUAUUUUAAAACGGUGAUAAUGGAAACACGCAGACCUUCUGUUGACUUGGGUCCAGAAGGCUGUGAGAACACGGUUGAAUCACUUUUAGUCACUUAGUCUGAGGCGUUCAGCUUACCGGCUCCAUCUUCUCUACACCGUACAGUUCAGGUCAGGGGUCAGGUGACGUCAGACAGCCGCUCCCUCGUAGCUCACACUCCCACCUUGAGUUCCACUGCAGAUUUUCAUGUGUUUUUUCCCGCAUGCGAUUACUCCAAGUGCCCCUUACUGCAGCCCGCAGAUCGAGGAGGAGCUAAAUGUGGGCGGGCUUAAACGUUUAACUCCGCCCACAUUUAAAAAAUUGUGGGCGGAGUUAAAAUUCCGCGCAGUAUCAUACGUUCUCCCGCUUUCGAGCGGAGGAGCUAAAUGUGGGCGGGUCUAAACGUUUAACCCAUGGUUUUAUCCUCUCGGGCGCCAUCUGGUGGCGG